AUGCUGCGUCGGUGUGGCGUCUGUCGCCGCACAGCUUUUGUGACGGACGUGGAAGGUGACCUUUCAUAUUUCAUUCGCUACGCCGAUAAAAGCAAAGUCGUUUCUUGGACCAACGGACGUCUCAGCUUCCGUGACGGCACUUCUCAUUUCGUGUACGGUGGUGACGUCUUUGACCACGGCGAGGACAUCACCUUUGGCAAGGCGCUCUUGGACUUUCGUGAUGCCUACCCGUCGCGCGUGCAUCUUAUUUUGGGAAACCGUGACCUCAACAAGAUGGUGUUUGGCGCCCCGAUUGUACAGACAUUGGAGAACGCGGCACAAUUAUCUCCCGAGGCAGCUCAAAUGUUGGUUUUCCCAGUGACUUUGUCGAGAGCUUCUGGUCGCACGAAGUGGGUGUCGUACGCGGAGUACCUGGAGGAGCGUGGCCUGCCACCAGUGGUGACUAAAAUAACCUUUAUUCAGUGGCUUCUGGAGUACAAGAUGGGGGCCCCUACGGCUUUUGAGUACAGAAGAAAGGAGUUGCAACAGAUGCGGGGCGGUGGGGAGGACGUGACGGAUGCAGAGGUGGCGCAAAGCUAUAUGGAUGCCGCUUGCCCUGGGGGCGUUUACUAUGAGUACCUGAAGCACGGGAAGAUGACUGAAGUUCUGGAUGGCGUUCUCUUUGUGCACGGAAGCGUGGUGAAUCAGAAUGUUGGGAUGCUCCCGGAGAGGUACGCCUCCGUGGAUGGGAAACGCUUACCGAAAUGUAACUUGAUGAUGAGGCAUGCCACGGCUGAGGAGUGGCUUGGCGCUUUAAAUGAUUUUAAAGAGGUGGAAUUUAGGCGGUGGGCAUCAGGUGGUGACGGGGCCCUAUUGCGGGAAUACGCUUUUCCAGUCUCCCUCGUUCCACAUUCCGUGGUGGUUCACGCCCUUGUGGAGCCCGAUGGCCCUCACUACUUGGGGCUGGACGCGGUGGAGUUUCUCAACCGAAGCGGAAUAGCGAUUGUUUGCGGUGGCCACCAGCCUGCGGGCGACACCCCAAGCAUUGUGCAGCAGCCCGGCGUCUUGCGCAUGGCCGCAGAUAAUUCGUACUGCGCGGGCGAUGGCUCUCGCGGGGAGGGCGUGGUGGAGGUCCUGUUUGAGGAGGACGGCGAAGUGUGCGUCCAUGGGCUGCGUGCGGACGGAACGCCGUAUGACUUUACUGCCACUGGGCCGCUCUUGGGGCGUCACCUGGGCGAUGGAUGGUGGGUCAAGGCAAAGGUGGGGAGGGAUCGUUUUGAGGUGCAGCGCACCCGUGACGCAUAUCGAACGAAGGACGCCGAAAUCCUCACGGCGGACGAGGUAGAGGCUCGCCUUCGCCAGUGGCGUGAGCCUCCUGUGGGGGGAAACGCCCCUGAGCGGUGGAGCCAGCAGCAACUCGCUCCAGCACAACGGGUGGUGAAAGUCAAACGGAGUGGUCGCCGGCACGAAGCAAGUAAAACAGGUUCGUCCUAA